UCAUCUUCGUUUUCCUGCAUUGGUCAUUAUACACACAAAUAUGUCAGAUGACAACUGGAAAUCACAAUUAAGUAUCAUCGAAAAAAAUACAUUUCUGGACUAUUUUAAAAAAGUGGAUGCCGAUAACAAAGGCAUUGUCCUCCAAGACGAAGCUUUACAAUUUCUCAGAAAAGCCAAUAUACCCGAGAAUAUUUUGAUGCAAGUUAGUAUGCUUAUUGCUUUUUCAUGGUCUCUAAACUAGCAGAAAUUCAUAAACUCAUGGUAUGAUAAUUCAAGUUUUGGACGGCCGUUGACAAUGAUAGAAAAGGUUUUUUGACAGAGCAAGAGUUUUGUAUGAUUUUGAAGCUUAUUGCGUGUGCACAACAUGGUAUUAUGAUUGGAGAGCCGAUACUGUCCACCAAAUCUCCUUUACCUGAACUAUCUGGCAAUAAUAACAUCACUUCUACAAUGCAAACAUCUCAGCAACAACAUCAGCCAGUACCGGAUAUUGAGACUAUAACUCCAGAGAAUAGAUUGAAAUACAUGAAUUUAUUCCAGUCUUUUAACCCUGUGAACAACUCACUUAACGGUGACACAGCUAGAGAUAUAUUCAUGCGAUCAGGACUUUCAACUGCAGUUUUACAAAAAAUAUGGGAUUUGGCUGAUACGCGUAGGACGGGAAGUUUAAAUCAAACGGAGUUCAUCAUUGCCAUGCAUUAUGUUGAAAUGGCUAUGAAGGGUGGUGGGAAUCCAAGCCUACUUCCAAGCACCUUACCAGCUACAGUGUACGCAUCUGCGACAGGACGAAAUAAUACUGGUAGUAAAAGUGCGCCACCACCAUUAUCAUCGCCAAUUGCACGUAAGAAUACAAUGCUUCAUAGCUCUCCUACGCCACCGAAUGCAGCAAAAUCGCCUAUCUUCAAAGGUGCACCUGCCAUGACCAAUCUAUCUAUAACACAAGAUGAAUUCAAAAAAUACCACACGUUCUUUAGUCGUUUGGAUACAGAUGGUGUCGGAUUUGUUUCCGGAGCUGACGCAGUUGUUUUCUUCAGACACUCCAAGUUACCUGAGGCAGACCUUGCAAAAAUUUGGGAUCUAGCAGAUACGAAUUCAUCUGGCAAAUUAACAGAGAAAGAAUUUGCAUUAGCGAUGCAUUUAAUUAACCGUAGAAUCGCUGGUCACGAUAUACCUAAUUCUAUAUCAACUUCAAAUUUCGAGUCUGCUUUUAAAAGCUUAACUACAGAACAGCAGUCAAAACAACCACAACAAAAUAUUGAUUUACUGGGAUUGACGGCUGAGCCUAUCAGUUACAAUAAACAAUUAGCUGAGGAAAGUCAACAACAAUUCUUAACGCAGGAUAUUUCCGAAUUGAAUAGAACUCGGUCUUUACUUCAAAAUGACAUUAGUAAGGAAACAAGUCGUUUGCAAAGUGCUCAACAGCAACUGAGUCAGAUAUCCAGCCAAAUUCGUGACUUGCUGAAGUCCAUAGAGGAAGAAAAAGUACAAUUAGCAAAGAUUAAACAGGCAGCGGAUGAAGCAGAACGUCAAUUAGAGGCUGAGAAACAGAAAAAGGAAGAGCUUAGUAAGGAAUUGCAAAUGUAUAAACAAGAAGUAAAACAUUAUACGUUACGUCUAGAUGAUACGAAAGAAGAACUCGAAAGCUUACAACAAAAUGGAGAACAGCAGCAGUAUAGCCACGAUCAUGAUCCCGAAAAUAUGUUUACCUUAUCUUCAACAGUUAAUUCGCAAAAUACUGGCAAUAAUCUCUUUGCUAAAGUGAAUCGCGACAGUAGCAAUAGCAAUAAUGAGCAACAGCAACCAUUGGCUCAUUUAACAGCGGCUAUUUCACCUACUCUCAAACAACAAUUUACUGGCAGUUCAACUCGAUCUCAACAGUCGCCUCAACAACGUGAUAGAAAUUUGGAUCCUUUUGCAGGCUUUAAGAAAGAAUCACCAUCCCCUACAGUAUCAAUGAAUAAAUUGAAAGAGCAAGAAGAAAAGAAGAAGAUAAGUAGCAGCUUAAUGUCAUCAUCAAGCGAUGGACCUAUAACUACAGAUAUUAGUUAUAUUGAAUCUAAAUUCCCGGAUUUAAGUACAAUGGAGCAAAACUUUGCAGUCACUACCACUUCUAGCCAAACAUCACCUCAGCUUCCAACAUCAUCACCUCAACCAUCGGCAUCAAUAUCAGAAAAUGGAAAGGGUCCAAAACCUUUGAAUGAUAUUUUUGCUACUUCGGGCAAUACGCUCAUUAACAAUGAAUCGACAAUGAAGAAGAGCACACCGAUAAAGAGUAACAGCAAACUCGACAUAUUGUCAGCAUUUGAUCCUUCCUCAUCUUCAACUUUUGACAAGAACAAGAUAUCAUCCACCUCCUCAGUGCAGGAUGAAUUGAGCUCGAUAUUCAGCCCAAAGAUUUCUAAUACUACCAUUGCGCAACAACAAUUGGAAUCCAAUCAACAAAAAGUAGAUGGUACUAACUUUAAUGAUAUAUUCGGUGGCGGUGGUAGCGAAAAUAAUAAGAAUGAUAGUAAUGUUGAUACAAGUCACCCAACCUCCUUUGAAGAUGUAUUUUUUAAAUAAAAUAAAUAACAGUACUAAUACAUUGACUGAAUAAAA